UGUUGUCGUCCUCAGCCAUGAAGUACCUGGUAGUUGUAGUCCUAUCUCUGUGUCAGUGUUUGUGUUGUUGUCGUCCUCAGCCAUGAAGUACCUGGUAGUUGUAGUCCUGUCUCUGUCUCUGACUGGAGGAGGCUGUGUCUCAGUAGAUCCAGAUCUUCAGAUUGAGAUCCACAACACCAACAUCCUGUCCGGAGGCCCCAGCAUCCUGUCCGGAGGCCCCAGCGGGAACACUUCUGACUCCAAGACUGGACCUACCAGAUACACCGUCCAGAGCUGCAGACAACUCAAAGACCAAUACAACAUCAAGGAUGAUGGGAUAUACUACCUGACCACGGCUAGCGGGGCUGAGUACCAGACCUUCUGUGACAUGACCACGGCGGGCGGCGCCUGGACACUUGUGGCAAGCGUGCACGAGAACAACAUGUAUGGGAAGUGCACGGUGGGCGACCGCUGGACCAGCCAGCAGGGGAAUGACAUCAACUACCCAGGAGGAGACGGGAACUGGGAGAAUACUGCCACCUUUGGGACAGCAGAGGGCGCCACCUCUGACGACUUCAAGAACCCAGGGUAUUAUGACAUCAUGGCGGAGGACAUGUCUGUGUGGCAUGUUCCUAACAGAGCUCAGCUGCAGACGUGGAGAAACAGCUCUGUACUCCGUUACCACACUGAAGCCAAGUUCCUAGCCCAGUACGGAGGAAACCUCCACGGACUGUUCAAGCGGUAUCCAGUGAGGUAUGGAGCAGGAAAUUGCAACGACAAUGGACCUUCUAUCCCAGUGGAGUACGAUCUGGGAACUAAGGACACCACCAAAAUGUUCUAUGCUCCCCUCGCCAGAGGUGAGUUUCAGCCUGGCUUCAUCACUUUCCGAGUGAUAAACAGAGAACGUGCAGCCUUGGCCAUCUGCUCUGGGGUCAAACCUAUUGGCUGCAACAUGGAACACUACUGUGUUGGAGGAGGAGGACACUUCCCCGAGGCUGCUCCUAGACAGUGUGGUGACUUCUCCUCCUUUGACUGGGACGGCUACGGGACCAACACAGGCUAUAGCUCAUCCAAGGAGAUCACUGAAGCUGCCGUCCUGCUCUUCUACCGCUGAGAUCCUCAACGGCUUCAUUCUAGGAAGCCUUUGAUUGGCUAACUAGAUUAUUCACAUUUCUAGCGUAGGAAGCAUCAUUUCACACACCUGUUUGGGGAAGAGGGUGAUAUGAGAUGUAAUACCGGUUAUUGGCCACUAGGAGUGUUGAUCAAAGAACAGACAGAGGUUCUAAUCCUACUGAUGUUACACCAAGAACUGUAACUUUCAUAUCUUGAUAUUGUCUUCGUUCCUCUUGUCUCUGUCUCUCUCUUCCUCUUGUCUCUGUCUCUCUCUUCCUCUUGUCUCUGUCUCUCUCUUCCUCUUGUCUCUGUCUCUCUCUUCCUCUUGUCUCUGUCUCUCUCUUCCUCUUGUCUCUGUCUCUCUCUUCCUCUUGUCUCUGUCUCUCUCUUCCUAUUGUCUCUGUUUGUCUCUUCCUCUUGUCUCUGUCUCUCUCUUCCUCUUGUCUCUGUCUCUCUCUUCCUCUUGUCUCUGUCUCUCUCUUCCUCUUGUCUCUGUCUCUCUCUUCCUAUUGUCUCUGUUUGUCUCUUCCUCUUGCCUCUGUCUCUCUCUUCCUCUUGUCUCUGUCUCUCUCUUCCUCUUGUCUCUGUCUCUCUCUUCCUCUUGUCUCUGUCUCUCUCUUCCUCUUGUCUCUGUCUCUCUCUUCCUCUUGUCUCCGUCUCUCUCUUCAUCUUGUCUCCGUCUCUCUCUUCCUCUUGUCUCUGUCUCUCUCUUCCUCUUGUCUCUGUCUCGCUCUUCCUCUUGUCUCUGUCUCUCUCUUCAUCUUGUCUCCGUCUCUCUCUUCCUCUUGUCUCUGUCUCUCUCUUCCUCUUGUCUCUGUCUCGCUCUUCCUCUUGUCUCUGUCUCUCUCUUCCUCUUGUCUCUGUCUCUCUCUUCCUCUUGUCUCUGUUUGUCUCUCUUUCUGAA